AUGGCAGCUUUUACUCCAAGGAAGAGGAAGCAUCAUUCUUUGGACUGUGACAGUCUAUUAUCAGACAUUCCAUCAAAGAAAUUAAUUUUGGACUUUACUGAAAAUCUGUUUCCAUCACCUAAUAAACAGCACUUUUGUCAAAGCAGUGAUGAAAAUGAAGAAAAAGCACACUGUUCUCAACAAGGCCAUUUAAUUUCAAGUCCACACAAAAUAACUAAAAAAAAUAGAUUGUCAUCCACAAAUCAAGGUUCACCCUUUAAAUCUGUUUUGUCCACUGUGUCUUUUUACAAAAAAAAUAAAUGGUACCUCAAUCCACUGGAGAGAAAGCUGAUUAAAGAGAGUGGAUCCACUUGUCUAAAAACUAAUAAUGAAGAUAAAUCUCUUCCCUUCAGCAAUUCAAACUCUACAGUUCUUUCCCUCCUAACCCACCUCUCAUCAUUAUCUCUAGCUGAAGAACAGUCUUCUGUGGGAUCCAUCAUAUGUGCCGACUUCCUGAAACAAACCAAUACACAGAAAAAUACUAAUACCAGAGAUACAAAUAAAGAAACAAAAGACCAACUCAUCAUUAACGCAGGUCAGAAACAUUUUGGGGCUAUUGUGUGUAGGUCUUGUGGCAUGAUCUAUACUGCUUCCAGCCCUGAAGAUGAAAUGCGGCAUGUUCAGUAUCACCACAGAUUUGUCGAGGGGAUCAAAUAUGCAGGCUGGAAGAAAGAACGUGUAGUAGCAGAGUUUUGGGAUGGGAAAAUCGUCUUGGUCCUGCCACGUGAUCCGAGUUAUGCUAUCAGAAAGGUAGAAGAUGUCCAAGAACUUGUUGAUAAUGAAUUGGGCUUCCAGCAAGUUGUUCUCAGAUGUCCAAACAAAACCAAAACUUUUCUCUUUAUAUCUGAUGAAAAAAGAGUAGUUGGGUGUUUAAUUGCAGAGCCCAUCAAACAGGCCUUCCGUGUCCUGUCUGAACCAACUGGCCCAGAAUCCCCAAGCUCUAAGGAAUGUAAUAGGGCUUGGCAAUGUUCAAAUGUACCGGAAUCUGCAGUCUGUGGGAUAAGUAGAAUCUGGGUUUUCAGAUUGAAGAGAAGAAAGCGCAUUGCAAGACGACUGGUAGAUACUCUCAGAAAUUGCUUCAUGUUUGGCUGUUUUCUCAGCACUGAUGAUAUAGCAUUUUCUGACCCAACACCAGAUGGCAAGUUAUUUGCAACCAAGUACUGCAACACCCCUAAUUUCCUUGUAUACAAUUUUAAUAGUUAAACCUGAUUUCAAUCAUAAAACAGUUACUAUGUGGAUAACUUCAGACAGCUCUUUAUUAGACAAUACAAACUAUUUAAUAAAUAUCAAAAUAAAAAAUACUGAUUCUCACACACACACCCACCACAGUUUUGUUCCUUAUGAGUUGAAAAG